GAAGCCUGGAGCUACUUCUUGGAUUUAGCAGGAUCUUUAGGUCCUUACGCAUGAGUUGUAUCUGAGUGCAGAGAUGCCUUUGAUGAUUGUGGAGAUGAGCUGCAGUCUGAUUGGCUGGCUCUUUCUGUAUGUGCUGCUGUGUCACUUGAACAGUGAAAGAGAUUGUGAGUGGAACUGCAGGUUGGUAACUCUGCUCCACGGCAUCCUGAUCGUCUGUGUGACUGCCUACAUUGGCUUCAUUGCUGGGCCAUGGCCUUUCACAAACCCAGGCACUGAAAACACAUCUCUCCAGAUCCUGGCUCUUGUUCUCAGCUUAGGAUACUUCCUCUUUGACAUGGCUUGGUGUGUGUAUUUCCGCACUGAGGGUCCGGUGAUGCUGGCCCACCACACCAUGAGCAUCCUCGGGAUGGUGCUGGCACUAGGGCUGGGUGAGUCGGGCAUCGAGACCUGCGCUGUCCUCUUCGGCAGCGAGAUCACCAACCCGCUCCUGCAGGCCCGCUGGUUCCUCAAGCGCAUGGGCCGCUAUGACAGUUUAGCUGGAGAUGUGGUGGACCUGCUCUUCAUUCUUCUGUUUGCCUCUGUGAGGAUUGGUGUUGGGAGUAGACUGCUUUAUUGUGAAUUAGCCUCUCCGAAGCCAUCGCUUAUAGUGAAAGUUGGUGGGGUGGCUAUUUACACUCUCUCCUGGAUCUUCAUGAUAGACAUUGCACGUUUUGCAUGCAAGAAAACUCGCGCCAAAUACAGGCGAUGGAAGGAACAGUACAAGCUGGAAGAAGCUAAUGGACAUGCUGUUAAAGUGAAAUAGGCCUUUCUGUGCAUUAGGACUGGGAAAAGUGGCAUUUUUGCUUAUAUACAUAGCUAUAUGUAGCAUUUUGUUAUUUUACAGGGUUCCUUUUUAAUGGAGAGAGAUGAGCUUCAGUGAUAUUUGGAAACUAAAUACAAUGCUGCUCCAAAUGAGUUAUUCCAAAUGUGUAGGCUAUGACUUGCCUAAAGCAAAAGGUUUUGUUAGAAAACAGAGCCUAAACAGGAGGUAGGAAGCCAUAUGUAUGUGAUUAGUUGCCACUAUUUCCAAACAGCAGAGGAACUUUGAAAUGUAAAAAGUGGCAAACUUUUUUUAAUGAUGAAAGAGGGCUGUUUUGGGAGUAAAGAAGAAUGUGGUACCAUGCAGAUCUUUUAGACAGUAUGCUGCAUGAGUCCAUAUGAAUAAAGCCUUUUUUGCACAAACAAAAUACUAAAGAUAAAUUUGUGGAUUCAGAUGAAAAGUUUAGUUUUUAACCACCUGCUUAUUUGUUGGUCUGAUUAUUAAAAGAAUGUGCUACACAAGAAAUAUUUUGUCAAAAAUAUUCUCUGGGCCUACAACUUGUGAUUGCUUUAUCAUCUCACAUCUGCAAGUAUUUUUACAGUAGCCUAUAUACAGUAUACAUACAUAUUU